AUGGCUUCGUUUACCACCGAAGAGGGUACGCACACCACAGAAGAUGCCGCUAAGCUAUACACAAAGACCUGGAAGCCCACAGGCGACGUGAAGGCACGUCUUGUCUUCGUUCAUGGCUUCAGCGACCACUGCAACGCUUACGGCGCUCUUUUCCCCACCCUGGCUUCCAAGGGCAUAAUCGUCCAUACCUUUGACCAGCGCGGUUGGGGAAUGUCUGUGAAGAAUCUGGCCCAGCGCGGUCUCACCGGCCAAACCCCCGUCGUGCUCGGAGACAUCGCCUCGUUCAUUACCGCGCUUCCAAAGCAUCCGGCGCCGCUCUUCCUCAUGGGCCAUUCCAUGGGUGGGGCUGAAGUCUUGCACUUCGCAGCAACUGGCCCUCCCGCAGUACUACGUACAAUCCGUGGCUUCCUCGCUGAAUCCCCCUUCAUUGCGCUUGCGCCGGCCUCCCGACCGUACAAGAUCACGGUGUUGCUGGGCCAAAUGGCAGCCAAGGUCGCGCCGCAUAAGCAGAUGGUGAACAAGCUGGACGAGAAGUUGCUGAGCAGAGACCCGGAAGUCCAAAAGGAAUAUGUCGAAGACCAGCUUUGCCAUGACACUGGAACACUGGAAGGUCUCGCCGGAAUGCUGGAUCGCGCAGGGACGCUAGAACGAGGAGAGGUGCGGAUAUUGGAAGGAGCCGGCGAGGGUGGAAAGACAAGGGUAUGGGUCGGUCACGGCACAGCAGACGGGGUGACAGAGUUUGGUCCGGUGAAAAAGAUAUUUGACGAGUGGAAGGUGCAGGAUAAGGAGUUCAAGGCCUACGAAGGAUGGUUCCACAAGUUGCACGCGGAACCGGGCAAUGACAAACACACGUUUGCAAAUGACGUUGCCAGCUGGAUAUUGGCACGGUCUGGGAACUUGAGUCAACUUCAGGAGGUAGGAACGAGGUCGAGGCUUUGA